UCUUCACAUGGUAUCAAGAGCAUAGGUAAAACCUAUUUUUUUCCGUUUCUUCUCUUCCUCAAUCGUCGUCUCUUGCUUUCUGUCGAGAUGGCAUCUGCUGCAGCAACGACCACCACAGCUAGCGCAGGCCUUGGAGUUCCGUCUUCAACAAUCGGCGCACCGGUCAUUCCAGGUUCGCAGCCGUUUUCAACCUCUUCCAUCGGCACACCAGUUCUCAUGCCGUCCAGCGCUGCUAUCGCAUCUUCUUCAUUCGCCUCACCAUCACGAAGCACAGCGCCGUUCAGUCUCUUCCAGACUCUGCCUCCAGUUUUUUCAUGGUCCCCUCCGUCCCCUGUUCAAUCUGUCUCUUUGGAGCCACCGCCACAAUUUACAGCUCUGCCUCAGGUCUCGAUUCCGGCUUCUGUCCAAUUUUCGGGCCCCACUUUUGUGGGUUCCCCGGGAAUCUCUUCGUCCGGAACUGCUGCUAGACCUGCAUCGACGUCUUCUUCAUUCUCUCCCAUGGCAGAUUUAGCUCAAACAGUGUCUCAUGUGGCAACUAAUGUCACUAAUAUUGUGACCACGAAAUUACAGGCGGUUGAGGACUACACUACGUGGCGUACCCAGUUUGAAUCCUUUCUGGUCUCUCAAAAUCUUCUGGGAAUGGUUGAUGGUUCUGUUCAGGUACCCUCUGUUUAUUCCAUAGAUUUGUCCAAUCGUCCAAUUCCCAAUCCCGAGUACUCAUCAUGGUUGCGUAUUGAUCAAACUAUUCGUUCCUGGCUAUUUGCAACUUUGUCUCGUGAUGUGCUUAUUGAUGUUCGUGAUUUGAAACACUCUUUUGGGAUUUGGGAACGGUUGGAAUCCCGAUUUAUGUCUGCCAGUUUAGCCAGGUCUAUGGAAUUAAAACAUAUGUUGAACACUAUUAGGAAAAAGCCUGAACAAUCUAUGGACAGUUAUUUACGGGAAAUAAAAAUUUUGGUGGAUGAUCUUGCUUGUAUUAAUUGUCCUGUUUCUCAACUUGAUAUGCUGAAGGCUAUUAUUAUCGGUUUGGGGAAGGAUUAUGCCUCCAUGAUCAACACUAUUACUUUAUUCCCUCAACAUUUUCCCUUUGAAACACUACCCAACCAUCUCAUCGAGAUAGAGCAACGGGACAAAUAUUUCAACCAACAAGAAGCUUCCAUCACUCAUCAGGUGUUUGCAGUCCAGAACCAGCCGCAUCAAGUUUAGCAGCGUCCUCUCGCUCCUGCUGUUCGUGGUCGAGGUGGACGCGGUCGGGGCACGCGUGGCCGAGGGGGUCGCGGUCGGGGCAGGUACGGUCAGCAGUACGGCCAGCAGGGACCGCCACAUGGAUAUGCUGCUGCCCCGGUUCAUGCUGUUUGCAGUCUUAUACUUUCGUAUAAGACCUCCAUGGUCCACAAAAGCGAGAUCUCAUGAUUUCCUUGAUUUCGCUAUGAGUCUUUCGACCUUUUUAAUAACAAAAAAGCAAAGAAAAAUAGAGGGGUUUCAUUAUAAAAUACUUAGUAUUACAAAUAAAAACUCUUUGGACUAAAAUACAAUGGAUAAGUUUUACAGUUAGUAUGAUGUAAAAUUUAAAUACAAUACUAG